UAAAGGUACAGACGCAUGGUACAAAGCGCGCCGAAUAGAUUCCUCUCACCAUGAGAGUCUCAUGGUGACAUCUGUCAAAACCGGAAGUGAAGCUUACGAGUGCAUUGCCGUCCUUUUAACCGUUUUCCUAUUUCUACCAACGUCCAGUUAAUCUCUUUCGUCGAGUAAAGAUUAAAUAUGUCUGUGGAUCCUAACCUGUCACGACAGUUCUUGCACGCCUGUCAAACCGGAAACCUACCUAGAGUGGAAACCAUUGUGUCAAAGUACGCCAUUCAAGAUUGGACAGUCUUCCAGCAUUUCACUUCUGGCGACACUGCGCUGCACGUUUCCGUUCGAGAGGGUCAUUUAAAUAUCGUUCGAUAUUUAUGCGAAGCCUUCGUUAAACCAGACUUCAAAGUCGACGUUGCCAAUAAAGAUAUGAAACGUCCCUUGCACGAGGCAGCGCAAUUUGCACGCAGCAAUGUCGUUAAAUAUUUAAUUGCAAAAGGCGCAGCUGUAAAUGCUUUGAAGCGCGCCGACUGGACUCCCUUGAUGUUGGCGUGUGUCAGAACCGGAAGUGAAGCUCGCGAGUGCAUCGCUGCCCUCUUGGAAGCGGAAGCGGACGUAUUUCUUCGAAACAAAGACGGUUGGACGUCUCUGCACAUCGUUUGUCGUUCUGGUGAUCGAAGUGCACUCAAUUUAUUAUUAAAAUCGUCGAACGAAUCUAUUUCUCGUAUCGGAGAUCGUAGCAACAACGGUCGUAGCGUCAUGCAUAUUGCUGCUUUCCAUGGUCACGAGGGCAUAAUCGAAGAACUCGCUACGAUAGACCCGAAUUUAGCGAACGCCCGAGAUUCUUCGGGACAUACUCCUCUUCACGAAGCGAUAAAAGGAGGCCAUCUUGCCGUGGCGGAACGUAUCAUCGAAUUGAGGGCUGACGUACGAGCGACAGACAACGUUGGUCAAACAAUAUUACACGUAGCAGCUUUGACCGGAAACACCGAUGCAGUUCGAUACAUUUUAAAAAACAAUUUAAUCGAUAUUCAUACCGAAGCAUUGUUUAACGUGACACCAUUGGUCGCAGCUCGAAGGAGCAACCAUACAGACACCAUCGACUGUUUGACGGAGUUUGGAGCUAUAAAAUAAAAUAAAAUGUUUGGUUCUUUUUAUAUACAAGGCGUU